AUGCCAAUGCCAUCGAAAGCCCCCGAUGCAGAAGAAGCAAAGCAAGGCGUGUUCCAAUAUGCCAAAGCAUGGGGAGAAAACCCCCUCCCAGCAACUCUCCUCGCAACCCUCAUAACCGCCCAACACAUGCGCCCCUUCCAAGCCCUCCCCAUGCUCUUCCCGCCGAUCCUCCUCUUCAGCAGCUACCUCAACGUGCAAGGUUUCCAGAAAGACAGCGCGGGCCUGACGAGCGCGUGGUCGAUGGCGUACUUCAUCCUGGCGCAGAGGAGGAGGACGCCGAUUAUGAGGAAGUUUGGCACGAGGGGGAUUGUGAGGGGUGCGACGUUGGGGCUUUGUGCGGUGAAUGCUGUUGCGGGCGGGUGGGCGUAUUGGCGGGGGACGAGGGAGGAGAAGGGGGAGGAGAAGUGA